CCCAGAUGGGAGCAUGGAGGGUAAAGUGGGCUACUCCUCCUCGCUGGUCCACUCCUCUUGCUCCAUUCACAGGGAAGGCUGAAGACACUGAAGACAACCUCUUUUCUCCUUGAAUGGACCAAACACUCCUCCACCCCAAAGCGAAGACCACAGCCAGUUGUACCCUUGCAUUUUUCUUGACCGCCGCUUUACCAUGAACUUGUGGAGGUUCCGUACAGUGUGGAGUAUUUUCAAAAAGCUGAUGGCCAUCCACUGAACCAGACUUCGGAAAGACUGAACAAGCAACAAGGUGGAUCUUUGGGGUCAAAAGGGCAGAUUUAUAUUGAGGAGCCUGAGAACAUUUAACGGCAACUUCCAUCUUUUUCUGGCUUUUGGUCCUGGACCACGAUGGGUUCAGAUCUCCGUGACCUGAACUCCCUGCUACCUCCGGUCCCAGCGGGGCCCAGUCCUAGCUGCGCGGCCCCUCAGUGGGCUCCCGUCCUGGACUUCCACAACGCCACCUCCCCUUACUCAUCUCUGGGAGCCCCUCACACGUCCCUCGGGCCGCACUCCUUCAUCAAGCAGGAGCCCAGCUGGGGAAGCACGGGCGACCCCCACCACCUCGACUCGGAUCCUCACUGCGGCCUGAGCGCCUUCACCGUCCACUUCUCGGGGCAGUUCACGGGCACGGGGGCCUGUCGGUACGGGGCCGCGUUCGGAGCGCCCCCUCCUGCGCCGCCCCCCUCCAGCCAACCUCCUUCAGUCGGUGGCCCGCAUCAUCACCAACCCCCCAGCAGGAUGUUUAGCAACCCACCAUACCUGACCAACUGCAUGGACACACAGCCUGCCGCCCGCAACCAGACAGGUUACAGCACAGUUGCGUUCGAUGGCGCCAGCAAUUACGGUCACACUCCAACUCACCCCGGCUCGCAGUUCUCCAACCACUCCUUCAAACACGAAGACACCUUAGUUCAUCAGAACGUCAUUGCAGAGCAGCAGUAUCCUGUGCCCCCUUCUAUGUAUGGAUGUCACACCCCUUCAGACAGCUGUACAGGCAGCCAGGCUCUGCUGCUGAGGAACCCUUACAACAGUGGUGAAAAUUUAUAUCAAAUGACCUCUCAUUUGGAGUGUGUGGCUUGGAACCCUGUCAAUACACUGGCACCCACCGUGAAGAGUCAUGCGGGGGGCUACGACAGUGACCCCAGCGCACCCAUGGUGUACAGCUGCAGCACACAAUACCGCAUACACACGCAUGGAGUUUUCAGGGGCAUACAGGAUGUAAGGCGGGUGCCCAGUAUUGCUCCAGCAAUUGUUCGAUCAGAGAGCAGCGAGAAGCGUCCAUUCAUGUGUCCACACCCCGGUUGCAACAAGCGCUACUUCAAGCUGUCUCAUCUGCAGAUGCAUGGCCGCAAACACACAGGGGAGAAACCGUACCACUGUGAUGUUGCAGAAUGUGGUAGGGGCUUCUCUCGCUCUGACCAGCUCAAAAGACACCAAAGGAGGCACACAGGUGUUAAACCCUUCGAAUGCGAGACGUGUCAGAGAAAGUUCUCUCGGUCUGACCACCUUAAGACACACACCCGGACUCAUACAGGUAAAACAAGCGAGAAGCCGUUCAACUGUCGUUGGCCAAACUGUCAGAAGAAGUUUGCCCGCAGUGACGAGUUGGUGCGGCACCACAACAUGCACCAGAGGAACCUCACCAAGCUCCAACUGGCCAUCUGAGUGUUCACUCACGGGAGGGAGUUUGACACAUUGUUUGUUUAUUCUUUUCUUCAUCAAAACCGAUGCAGCAGAUACCAAAAAGGUUUUCCAAGGACAUUUCAUUCUUUUCCUGUCACGAAUAUGUCCUAUCAUGAAAUUCAUGAACGCAUUCCUUUCGGGGGUUAACGUAACUUUAGUGCUCUAUACUGAAGGUUGAAAUGAUUAGCUUCAGCCCUAUCUGAACAUGACUCAUUCUGAGCAAUUAAUCAGAUUUCACCGAAAAACCUCGUGAGCCAUAAAAGCACACUUUUCAUCUGAGUACUCCCCAAGAACAUUCAACAUGAUUUAACGAUCCUGGAAAAAGUUGUGACCUAAAGAAAUCAUUUCACCCUGAACAAGCAGAUUUCCAUCAUCUAAUCUAUAGGGCCCAAUACAGUGGUUAACAAAAUAACUCACAUUAUGCCACACUUUUGUUGAACUGGUGCGCUACGUCAGUGGCACAGAAGUGUACUGUGCUGCUGCUGAAUCGUGUCACGCAUUGAAAAUGAAGAGCUUAUCCAAUUGAUUCAACCCAAACGAUUAGUUGAUCGAUGCAUUUCGUUUGAAGAUUUCGGUGUUUUACGUUGAAUUGGGAGCAGUAAUGAGCAGAAGUAGCAAAUCAUUAUCACAACCUGUUUCGUAUGUGUAUUUUUUUGCAUGGCAAAAUGGUCAUAUAGAAUUGAUUCUGUGGUAACCACAAGGUGAUGGUUAAGUCUCCUCAAAAUCUUUUAUCACACUUUUCUAUCCUCUUCACAAGUGAUGUCAAAGGUCAAGAUGAGAUACAAUAAAUACGACAUGCCCCUACAAUUUAGCGUCAACAAUGAUCUCCUUUUAAAAGUACUAAUUUAUUUUUAUUUCACGGAUUGAUUCACUGGAACAAGUUUAAGGGAGAGAAGAUACGCUCUUACCUUUUUCAAUGCUGUAAAAAAAAACAAAAAAACAACAACAUGUUUGGAUAAUUUGCAUCUGACUUGGCAGGCAGUAUUUUGAUGUUUUGUCUGGAUUGCACAACGUAAAAACAAAAGUAUUUUGUGUGUAGUCGUUUUGUGAUGUUUUUACUUUGUUUUUUGAAUCCAGCUCUCUUGCGGCAACAGUGCAUUGCUUGAGUCUAGUCUCUUGUGUGUAGGGGUGUAAAUAUUAUUGGACUUGGCCUUUGUUUUACACACUGCAUGUUCUCCAAUAUGUCUGUUGGGUCACACUGGCUCUGUGACCAGGACAUGGUCAAGAUGUAAAUAAUUCUGCUUCGCCAUGGGAACUGAGCUUUCCAUCGGGGAAACUUGUGACAAAAUUGUUUUUGGUGGGGCGGGUGGGGGUUGGGGGGUGCGCUGUCUUUGAACGUAUCCUGGAACUAUUUUUGUUUCUUCCUUGACAUGUAUAAACAAUUAAGCUGUAAAAAGUUAAUGCCAGUGAAAUAUUAUACACGUAAGGAUGAGCUCUCUAUGUAAAUGUUUUAUAUUGGCUUGUAUACACUCGGGCAGUUUGUCUCUGGUGUCCUUAUUUAUUCAUUUUUAAGUCAUUCUGUACUUGGAAUUAAUGAAAUAAUGAAAAUGUCGUUAACUUGUCUUCAUACACAUAAACUAAUGUGCACAAACGCAAAUUGCUGUACAGCUCCACUGUCACACUCUUUAAUUCUGUCCGUCGGACAACAUUUACAUUAAGGUUAUUUUUCAAUCUAAUGUACUCGAACCCGCCACUACAUAGGUAAUCGACCUUUGCAAAGGUAACACAUGUUUUGAUUGGCACAGACAGAUCAACGUUAUAUUUAACGCAUGAUUGUCGUGGCGUGGCAAUCAAAUAAAUUACAUUAUACAGGAGCUGUUAACAAUAUUUCAUCCCUGUAGAAACAUGUCAAUAUGAUGCAGUGUACUUCUGUACCACAGCCAACCACCAUCACAAUGACAAAUAUAUGUAAUUAAAAAAAGAUAAUAAUUGAUUAUCUGUAUUUAUGGUAUCCCAAUGAACUGUGUGGGUGUACCUAAUCGUGUCCAGUGAGUGUUCUCUUUGUGGGUACCCUGAGUUUUUGUUUUUUUUCCCUGAAAAUAUUGUCAGAUAAAUUAUCACACACACACAUACAUGGUGCAGUACAGUACAGUACAGUACCAACCACUCUCCUCUUUAUCUGUGGCCAGAUUCUUCAUUGCAUUCUUUGACUCCCCAUUGGGUGAAAAGGGCUGAUAAAAUGGAACAUGUUUUCUUUCAGUGUCUCAACCCUUUCACUCCCCAUGUAUUCCUUCCUCUCCUCUACCCUCUCUGUCCUUGCUUGUACAUCAUUUCGUUUUCAUUUGCUAUAGUGUUAUAAAUGCAUGACACCAA